GGUCUGUCUGGACAGGCAUGGCGAGUAUUGACAGCAGUGCUCCAGAGACAACGUCAGACAGUUCUCCUACUCUCAGCCGGCGGCCAUUACGAGGUGGCUGGGCAGCAACAUCCUGGGGGCGGGGUCAAGAUAGUGACAGCAUCAGUAGUUCAUCGUCUGAUUCACUGGGAUCCUCCUCUUCCAGUGGAUCUCACCGGGUAGGAGGAGGUGCCAGGGCCAAGAGUACGGACACCAGCAGGUAUAAGGGGCGUCGUCCAGAAUGCCACGUACCCCAUGUGCCCAACCAACCCUCUGAAGCCGCGGCUCACUUUUACUUUGAGUUAGCCAAGACGGUGUUAAUCAAAGCUGGAGGAAACUCCUCUACCUCCAUUUUCACCCAGCCUUCGGCUAGUGGGGGUCACCAAGGACCCCACAGAAACCUGCAUCUAUGUGCCUUUGAAAUUGGCCUCUAUGCCCUUGGACUCCACAACUUUGUCUCUCCCAACUGGCUGUCCAGAACAUACUCCUCCCAUGUCUCUUGGAUUACUGGUCAAGCUAUGGAAAUUGGCAGUGCUGCCCUCAACAUUUUGGUGGAGUGUUGGGAUGGUCACCUCACACCUCCAGAAGUAGCAUCGUUGGCCGAUCGCGCGUCACGGGCCAGGGAUCCCAACAUGGUCCGUGCUGCUGCAGAAUUGGCUCUGAGCUGCCUGCCUCAUGCACAUGCUCUCAAUCCAAAUGAAAUCCAGAGAGCCUUGGUGCAGUGUAAAGAACAGGACAACACGAUGCUGGAAAAGGCGUGUAUGGCAGUGGAGGAAGCAGCUAAAGGUGGAGGUGUGUACCCUGAGGUCUUGUUUGAGGUUGCUCAUCAGUGGUACUGGUUGUAUGAGCAAUCCUUCGUGGGAGCCUUGAACCAGCAAAGAGAGACUCCUGAGCGCUGUGGAGCCAAUGGAGGUGUUCACAGGAGGCCUGUAGAGUCCAGCUGUGGCGUCUUUGACGGUGUACCUAAUGUGGAGUCAACCGGGGUAGCAGUCACAGGCUCCCUCACAGCAGCGGCGGUUGUACCUGUAAUCUCUGUGGGCUCCACUUUAUACCAGCCCCAGGCUAUGGCCCAUGCCCAUGCCCACAGCCUUCACCCGUAUGCAACCAUCCAAGCCCAUGUACCCACUGUUUGCACCCCGCAAUAUCUGGGACACCCUCUGCAGCACGCACCCAGACCCACUGUCUUUCCUAUAACCGGAGCUGCAUACCCACAGGGCAUGCACCCAGCCUUCAUUGGUGCACAGUUCCCAUUUUCAGUGGCCACGGGUCCCCAGCCUUCCAUAGCAGCCACUGCUGUGACCUUCCCUGCCAUCCCUGUACCAGCCAUGACGCAGAUUUCCUAUCCCUACCACCCUGAGACCAGUCUACCAAUCAGCACCACUGUCGCAGUUGGCAGUAUCCAUGCUGGUUCCACCAUCCAGGCCAUUCAGGGAUCCUCUUUAACCUGCCUUUCCUCCCAGCCCAGUCCACUAAUCAGCACUCCUUUCCCAGUAGAGGAGGAGCCACACAGCCAGCCAAUCAGUCAACAGGGUCUGCACUAUCUCCAUUCUGCCUAUAGAGUUGGUAUGCUAGCGUUGGAGAUGCUGGGAAGGAGAGCUCACAAUGAUCACCCUAACAACUUUUCCCGAAGCCCACCCUACACAGAAGACGUGAAAUGGUUACUGGGGCUCGCUGCGAGGCUUGGAGUCAACUACGUGUACCAAUUCUGCGUGGGAGCAGCUAAAGGUGUCCUGAGCCCAUUUGUCCUACAGGAGAUCAUCGUGGAGGCUCUUCAGAGGCUCAAUCCUGCUAACUUCCACGCCCACCUCAGAACACCUGCCUUCCACCAGCUGGUUCAGCGCUGUCAACAGUCCUACCUACAGUACAUCCAUCACAGGCUCAUCCACUUAACACCUGCGGACUAUGAUGACUUUGUCAACAUCAUCCGCAGCGCCAGAGGUGCUUUCUGCCUCACGCCGGUGGGCGUUAUGCAGUUUAACGAUGUGCUUCAGAACCUGAAGAGAGGCAAACAGACUAAGGAGCUAUGGCAGCGUAUUUCUCUGGAGAUGGCCACCUUCUCUCCUUGAACAUUUGGAGCUCAGAGGAAUCCAUCCAAACACUUUCCCACACAUCUGUCUCUCCCACCCGGCGAUGUGAACUCUGCAAACACAGCACGCAUGUGCAUCAGUUCCAGCAAGAAUUUUUCUUGUCCUAGUCCUCCGGGCCCUCAUCUCACAUGGCCGUCAUUGUCGUCAGUCUUUAACUGUAAUUUUGUGUAAUUAUGACUUUUUUUUUUUCUUCUUUCUGUUCCUGAUAAAGAGAGGACAUUGAAUUUGGGGACUCUUGCUGUAAUUCCAAUGUAUUUUGUUUGGAAGAAAACCACUUUAUCUGUCACGUUUUGCAAUUGUGUGACGAUAUCUUUCGGCAAGUUCUUAAGAAAAGAUGUAAAGAGAAAACAGAAGGUCGGUGAGUACAUGACAUAUUAUUGUUGUCAGCAUAGGUGAGGAUGUAGGACAGUAGAACGUGUGUAGAAUGCAAAAAGAAUGUUAUUAUCAUGGCGGUCUUGUUAUAUGGAUAAAUAUUUACAUUGAACCCAGCUUUGCAUUACCGUAAAGAGAGCCAGUUACCAACCACUAUAAGCAAAAUGACUUGUUUUCAGUAGGUUGUUGGCAUAUCCGUAGGUGUAUCUGUGAGGAUUAUGAUUAUUUCCUUGACACAAAUAAAUAUAUUAUGGUUUAGGAUAUUUUGUCCAAAAAUGUUGAAUAAAAAAAAACAGCAGACAAUAA